AAUGGAAACUUCCCUUUAGAGCUCAAAGCAACCAGAUUCCAAUGACAGACUCCUGUCAUCCUUGGGACCUCCUCAAACUGCAAGCCACUGACCUACCCAGAAGGCAGCAGUAACAGAGCAGAGAUGAAGAUGGAACCUUUGGAGUGGACAUUGGUGGCAUUGCUCCCGCUGGCCCUGGCUGUUGUCACACUGGCCGAGGUCCCCUGCAAUGGGUACGCUGCCAUCCCAGGGAUUCCUGGAACACCAGGGGUGGCUGGCACCAAUGGCAAGGAUGGCAGCCCUGGGAUAAAGGGAGAGAAAGGGCUGCCAGGAGAGUUGGGAGAUUCAGGAGAAAUUGGGGAAAAGGGAGAUUCUGGGAGCCCUGGAAACCCAGGGAAAGUUGGUCCGAAGGGUCCCACUGGCCCCAAAGGCAUCCCUGGGCCUGUCGGUCCCCCUGGACCUCCAGGUGAAUUCGGAGACUAUGGCAACGUGGCGAAGUCGGCCUUCUCUGCCUCAAGGAGCAUCCAUGGUCAGCUCCGAAGGGAUCAGCCCAUCCGCUUUGACCGGAUUAUCACCAGGUCAGGCAGCGAUUACGAGCCCCGGAGUGGCAAGUUUAGUUGCCGGACCCCAGGACUCUACUACUUCACCUACCAUGCCAGCUCCCGAGGCAACCUGUGUGUCAUCCUAAUCAAGUCGAGCCGAGGUGCAGCUAAGGAGGGAGUGGUGACCUUCUGUGACUUUGUCUAUGGUACCUUCCAGGUCACCACAGGAGGGGUGGUCCUCAAGCUGUCAGAGGGUGAUUCCGUUUGGCUGGAGGUCAACGACAAAAAUUCCAUGGUGGGGGUGGACGGAGCCAAUAGCAUUUUCUCUGGGUUCCUGCUCUUCCCUGAUUCAUGACGUGGUAACCCUAAUCCUGUUUGUCUCUACUUAUCCCCUCACUGAGUUCCCACCCCUCCCCACCCCCAACUAAUUUGACUCCACAUAAAAAUAAAGAAUUUCAGAGCUACAAAGGACCUCAGAGCAUAGGAUGUCCGAGCUGGGAAGGCCCUUAGAACACAGAAUGUCAGAGCUGGGAGGGCCCUUAGAACACAAGAUGUCAGAGCUGGGAGAAGCCUUAGAACACAACAUGUCAGAGCUGGGAGGGGCCUUGGAACAAAGAAUGUCAGAGCUGGGAGGGCCCUUAGAACACAAGAUGUCAGAGCUGGGAGGAACCUGAGAACAUAGGAUGUCAGAGCUGGGAGGGCCCUUAGAACACAGCAUGGCAGAGCUGGGAAGGCCCUUAGAACACAGCAUGGCAGAGCUGGGAGGGCCCUUAGAACACAGAAUGUCAGAGCUGGGAGGAGCCUUAGAACAAAGAAUGUCGGAGCUGGGAGGAACCUGAGAACACAGGAUUCUCUAGUUAGAAGGGCCUUAUGAUAUUGCAUGUUAAAGAUGGAAAGAACCAUAGAAUGCCAGAGAAGAAAGAGACCUUAGUGACCAUCUCUUCCAACCCCCUUAUUUUGCCGAUCAGGAAAUUGAGGCCCAGGGAAGGAAGUCAUUUGCCUAAGGUCAAAGAGCAGCAGAGCUGAGACUUUGAUCCAAGUCCCCUAAGUCCCAGUCUAGUGACCUUUCCACUCUGCCCUAUUCCUUGUUAAAGGAGCCUCAAGUCCAGGCUUUCAGGGUCCACAGAGUCACUUUGCUUUGCUGGGUUUGUACAUCUUUAGGUAUAUUGACUAGCUUCUUGGCAGAAUUUGAGAUGUUUUAGGCAGACCCUGCUCUACCACAGAAUUUACCCCUGCUCUGCACACCACCUGAAAUUCCACAAUUAGGGUUUAUUUCUUUUAUAGGAUUAACUAAGAGAGGGAGUCUGCAGUCCCUACCUUUCUAGUAUGAAUACAUUUUUCAGCUCCUGUCCCUUAUAACCAGAGAGACAAAUUAUUUAGGAAAAAGGAAGGGACAAAAGCACUAGGUUGACACGGCUCUAGGUACCUUCUUCCAUUGAAAGCAAGAGUUAUAUUCACUUUAGAGAUGUAGAAGCACAGACCUCAAGAAUGGAAACGCUGAGUGGGUCCCGGAAGAUGACCCUGUUCAAUGCCUUCAUUUCACAGCUGAGGAAAUUGAAUCCCAGAGGAGAGAACUUUCGACCUGAACUCUUCCAAGGUUACCCAGCAAAGUUAGUGAGAAAAUUGGGACUUGACCAGUUCUUCUGACCCCAAGCCCAGCCCUCUUUCCAUUGUGCCAGACAUCUUUUAACUCUCCCACAUUGUUCCUUUAAACCUUUACCUAUUUCCCUGAGCAGUAAAGACCCUCAGGAAGCUGAAGCAA